CCUCGAGUUCCUCCGUCAGAAACAAAUUCGGUUGCUGGAGCUGUUCCGAAGCAUGGACAAGUCUGUAUUGUUACACAUGACAGAUGAAGUAUUCGCCAGUAGACUCAAGAGGUUUGGUCUACCUUUGUAUGAACGCGAGAUCAGAAAGCUGACGAAAGCCAUAGCCGGAUUAGGUGAAGAUAAAUCAACCGUGACUUAUCCAAAAUUAGUGAGAUCAAUGGCUGAUCACAUCUUGCGGCAGAGGUCUAAGAAACCUCAGUGUGCUGAGGUUAAGCGCUGUACAGAACUUGCGAGAAAUGAAAGAUGGCAGCAUUUACGCUUAGCAAACAUCCAGUCAAGAACUGAAGCACACUCAAAACGGAAGAAGAAUUCGAGGAAGACAUUACCUAAAUUAAAUAAAGCUACCGCUGAUGUUAAGACAACUGACUGAUGACAUUUCGCAAACGACAUUUAAACAUUUCUGUAAAUGGCAUUAUUUAAUUGCGAGUACGGUUGUCGAUCCCAGAACAGCAUGGAACACUUAAGGCUGCAAGUCGAUGAAUGAGCAAAGGUUACAUAGUAAUCACAAAGCCUUGGUGAUCAGUUGAUUGUAACUACAAUGUUAUAGGCGCUUAUAUUGUUAUUGUAAUUAAAACUUAUAAGCCAGAUGUACAGUAAUUAACUUUGAUGAUUUGGACUGGACUUCAUCUAUGCGAAAGACCACAAUCACAUACUACCUGUUAUACAAAUUCAUUCUUAUCUAUUCGUAAAAUUGCUCUUAGAAAAUGAACUGUGCUCAAGUAAAAUAAGUCAAAAUUAAAGGGUUUUUCUUAUGGAACAUCUCGAUGUUUUCUUCUCCAUGCACAGAAAGGUGCGGACAUUGCAUUACAACCUAGUUACCCAUUAAAACAAACAUGCGUCGUAAUUUGAGCCAACUUCCAAUUUUAGAAUGUCU